GCUUAACACAACUUUCAGACACCGGACACCUGACACAGUGACACAUGCCCCUAACUCGUCUCAUCUUCAACACCAAAACCCCACCCCCUGCAUGCCCAACAGUACACACUAUCAGCAAAAUCAGUUUCUCUAACAACACCAUCGCCUUAAUUUUCUAUUCAAUCCCACCUUUUCUUAUUUUCAUAAACGUUUCCAUUUCUUAAAAAAUUAAAAAAGAGAGAGAAAUGUCGUGGCUGAGAUCUGCUGUGAGCAAGGCAGUGGAAGUAGGGAACAAUAACAACCUGACCCGAGCAGUUAAAACCUACGCCGACUCUGUUGUUCACCAAGCUGGUCAAGCCGUAGCUGAAGGAGCCAAAAUAUUGCAAGAUCGUAUUGGGAAUAGGAAUUAUAAAAGUGCUAAGCAGACUGCCAAGAGAUUAGAGGACGCUGCCGUCUCCUGUCGCGGCCUGGAGAGGGUUUUGUUGCUGAGAAGAUGGGUGGUUGUGCUUAAACAAUUCGAAAAGUUAUCUGGAGGUUUUGCGGAAGAUAAACAGACACCCGUUGAGCAAAAUGUUGGCCCUGAUGUAUCAUCGGGCAGUCCAAGAAAUACAUCACUGCCCAUGGUUCUGUAUUAUGAUUCUGAUGUUGGGGGCGAACCAAUGACUUUCCGUGAUGUUUUUUUCCAAAGUCAGGCUCUAGAAGGCAUAUCAAUGUCCAUGAUUCUUGAAGCACCAAACGAGGAAGAAAUUUCUUUGCUCCUGGAGGUGUUUAGGCUCUGUCUAACUGGAGGACAAGAAGUUCAUAAUGCAAUCGUGAGCAGUAUACAGGAUCUGGCUUCUGCUUUUGCAAGUUACCAAGAUGAAGUGUUGGUGAAGCGCGAAGAAUUGCUCCAAUUUGCACAAGAUGCAAUUACAGGGUUGAAAAUCAAUACUGAUCUUGCAAGAAUAGAUGCUGAAGCUAAGGUUCUGAAGAACAAACUCGAUGGAAGUAUGCAUUCUGACAAGCCAUCAAUUGAAGAUCAGGAAAAGGUGUCUGAUGAAAAGGCCAAAGCAACUAUAAAGGCACUGAAAGAAGCUCUUGCACAAAUUCGAAUUUGUUCCAGAUUGGAAGGCCUUCUGUUGAAAAAGAAAACUUUGAGCUUGGGAGAUUCGCCUGAGAUUCAUGCUCAAAAGGUUGACAAGUUGAAGGUGUUAUUGGAAUCUCUUGCUAGCUCUACAUCAAAAGCUGAAAAGCGUAUCUUAGAUCACAGAUUGCAAAAAGAAGAGGCACUGAAAGUUCGUGUUGCCAAAGCUGAUGAAGCAAAUGAAAAGGAGAAGGAAAUAGUAGCUGAGAUAUCAGUACUUGAAAAACAAAGAGAUGAACUUGAAGCUGAAUUGAAAAAGGUUAAUAUCUCCUUAGCUGCUGCAAAUGCGCGCCUUCGCAAUGCCAGAGAAGAGAGGGAUCAGUUUGUUGAAGCUAACAGCCAGAUUGUUGAGCAUUUGAAAACAAAGGAAGAUGAGGUGUCAAAAUCAAUUGCUGCAUGCAAAGUAGAAGCAGAUAUUCUCACUACAUGGCUCAAUUUUCUGGAAGAUACCUGGGUUCUCCAGCGAUCUUACAGUGAAGCUAAGGAGAAGCAGGUCAAUGAUGAACUGGAGACACACGUGGACUAUUUUGUGAAGUUGGCUAUUCAUCUUCUCUCUGAAUACAAGAAAGAGUUGGAGCCUUCUAUCAUCUGUAUAGAGAAAUUUGUGGAAAGCCUAAAGAAUUUAAGUGGAGGGUUAGAGAUAGCAUCUAGUGCGGGGAAUGAAGAUUCUAAAGAAUUAAACCCAAGGAAAAAUCUUGAGAAGGAAUAUUUGGAUUGUGAAGCAAAGAUUAUAACCACUUUCAGUGUGGUGGACAACAUAAGAGAGCAGUUUUAUGCUCAAAAAGGGGCAAGUUCUAGGAAAGAUGAUACCUCGGUUAAAGAGCUAUUUGAUGAUAUUGAAAAGUUGAGAGUGGAAUUCGAGUCAAUUGAGAGACCAAAUCUAGAACUGGAGGCUCCAACCCCCAAGGCUGAUAAUUCUUCUGAGAAGGCACUGGGAAGUCCAUCUCAUACCUCAUCACAGAACGUGACUACCCUUAAAUCCAAUAUCGAUAAGCAUCCCACGGAACCUGCAGUGGAGGCAGAUGAGGUGCUCGACCCUGCCGCAGAACUUGCAAAGUUAGAGUCAGAGUUUGGGAAAGAUGCUCGAGACUACUCAACGGAGGAGAUUGGUGACUGGGAGUUUGAUGAGCUUGAAAGGGAAUUUAGAUCCGGUGAUACAGCAACGAAAAACUAGCUCUUUGAACAUGCCAUACCUGUAGUGAAAUUCUAUUCAUGCAAGCCUGUGUCUUGAUGACAUGCAUCUAUAUCCAAAAGCUGGAUCUUAGAUCAUAAGCUUUUCCGUGUAACUAAUAUUUUCCACUGGAAAAAGUUUCAAUUUGUUAAUUCUUCUGUAAAUUCUCAAAGUUGUAAAAUGUGACUGAUGAAACAAACGAAUGGAAGUCUUUGUUUGCUUGUAAAAGUCUGAACCUCACUCGGAUCAACUAUUCACUUGUAGUAGACGUGCGCGUUUAUGCGAGGUGGUCAAGGGCACUCCACAACUUUGUGUACUA